AUGAGUGAGGCAAACCAAACCACUGUGGGGCCCUCAGAGCUCUCCACGGCAUCAGCCAUCUCCCCUGGGCUGGGCACUGGGGCCCGGGCAUGGCCUGUGCUGGUGGGCGUCGUGCUGGGGGCUGUGGUCCUCUCUCUCCUCAUCGCGCUUGCUGCCAAGUGCCACCUCUGCCGCAAAUACCGUGCCAGCUACCAGCACCGCCCGCUGCCCGGGACCGGGAAGGGUGUCUGUCCGGAGGUGGGUGAAGAAGAUGACGAUGGCUUCAUCGAGGACAAUUACAUUCAGCCUGGGGCCGGCGGGCUGGGGACAGAGGGCGGCAGGGACCACUUUUCCUUCUGA